AAACUUCUACAGUCUAUCCAGGUUCAGCCUUUGUUCUCCAAGGUCUGGCUCAAGGAUCCCUCUCUACCAGUGAGUGGGUUCCCCUGUGUGGCCUUCAGCUGCCCCAGUUUGAGACCUGGGAGGAUCCUUGGUGAGCUUGGCGUUUGCACCCUUGGCUUGGAGAUGAGGGAAUCAGCAGUGCAAAGCGUUGCCCAAGGCCCCCAGCCUACCCUCAUCCCAAGUUUGGUCCAGUAUUUAUGCAGACUGCACCCUCUACCUCCUGAAUUGGGGACUUGGGACCCAGAGAAGAUGCACCUUGAGCCUGGGAGCAGGAGAGUUUUAAUUAGGUAUUCCGGUGAUCCCACUUUUUGGAUAAUUGAGAGGUGGAAUUCACUGUUCCCAAAGCACACAAUGAAAAAAUACGCAGUUCUUUUACAGAGCCAGGGGUCCGAGGAUUCAAAGCCACUUGCAGGAGUGAAGUGGCCCUAGAGGACUUUCUGGGCACUUUGGAGGACAGCUGUCCUCCUGGCUCACAUUUCUCUUGGCACUCUUUUCAGUUCUGCUGAAGCUCUCAGAAGUAACUGUCUCUCUCCAGCCUGAAUCUUGAUGGCAGGUAGAUGCCAACCACACUUUUAGACAACCCAGACUAUGGGCCACACUGCACUAGCCCCUGGGGAGGGUGCCCCCUGCCCUGGACCUGCCACUGUGCCGUCACCUACAGUGGCUGUCUUGUUUGUCGGCACCGCUGUCUAGCUGGGGUCCUUGAUCCUCUGAUUUCUCUUCUCCAACCUGUUCCAAAAAAUGCUUCAAAACCUUAGAAACUCACGGGACACCAGUUCUCCAUUGGCGGAUCUGGCGUGAGCUGCCCAGGUUUUGUCGUUGCCUGAACCCAGGGUCUGUCCACCUCUCCACUAGGACCUUCUGGGUCAGAUAAGUUCUGCUGGUUGGCAGAGAAAGGCUGUCCUGCACAGUACAGUGUUAGCAGCACUCGUGGCCCCUACCUGCUCGGUGCCAAUACUCUUCUCAAUUGCCAGCCAAAGGUGUCUCCAGACAUGGUUGGUGCCCCUGCCCAGCAACCACUGUCUACUUAGCUGUUGGUUCCCCAGGAGUCAGACUGCUGACUGCUAGAGAUGGACCUUGAUUCCCUUCAGAAAUUAGUCCCUGUAAAGGCCUGGGGAAGCUCACUCUCCAAGUUGGCACCUGCCACUUAUCCACUCAGCCUUUAGGGAGCACCUGUUGUGUGCCAGGAGGGAAGGAGGGGCCCCUCUGAAGACGAAGUUCUGGCUCUCACUGGGACGAGGGGAGAUGGGAAGGCAUGGGUGUCAGCCAGCUGCUCUGCCCUGGGCCUCUGCGCAGGACUCUUGCCCGCCAGCUUCCUGGCUGCCUGAGUCUGAGGUCAUGGUACAGCCAGGGAGUUGAGUGUUGUGGCUGUGCUCUGAGAGCAGACUCCCAGGGGACCGCACUGUUCCAGCCGUGCUGUGCAGAGGGUCAGGGGCCAGUCGGUAUUUGUCAAGACGUAGAAGACUGCGUCUGCCCACACACGUAUACGUGUGCUUGCACACUUACAUACUCACAGCUCCCCCACCCUUCCUGCCUUCUCUACCAGCUUCAGUUUGGGUUGGAGAUGGUUAAAACAUCUAGGUAUGCAGGAGAGAAAGAGGAAAGAGAGGGUGCCUCCCCAGGAAGCCCUGCAGAGCUGUGUGCUCCACCUUCAGAAGAGGAGGAAAGUGAGGGGGCUGUCCCCCAAGAGCCGCUGGCUCAGUUGUGAUCGGACUGCAGGACCAGAGUGUUGAGAUGUCCAUGAUGUGGUCAGUCAUUUAAAACGGAGCUGGAGUUCGUCCAGAUCCUCAUCAUCGUGGUGGUGAUGAUGGUGAUGGUGGUGGUGAUCACCUGUCUGCUGAGCCACUACAGACUGUCCGCACGCUCCUUCAUCAGCCGGCACAGCCAGGGCAGGCGGAGAGAGGACGGGCUCUCGGAAGGAUGCCUCUGGCCCUCGGAGAGCACGGUGUCCAGCGGCGGGAUCCCAGAGCCGCAGGUCUACGCCCCUCCUCGGCCCUCGGACCGCCUGGCCGUGCCGCCCUUCUCCCAGCGGGACCGCUUCCACCGCUUCCAGCCCACCUACCCCUACCUGCAGCACGAGAUCGACCUGCCCCCCACCAUCUCGCUGUCUGACGGGGAGGAGCCCCCGCCCUACCAGGGCCCCUGCACCCUCCAGCUGCGGGACCCCGAGCAGCAGCUGGAGCUCAACCGAGAGUCAGUGCGCGCGCCCCCCAACAGAACCAUCUUCGACAGUGACCUGAUGGACAGCGCCAUGCUGGGCGGCCCCUGUCCCCCCAGCAGUAACUCGGGCAUCAGCGCCACGUGCUACGGCAGCGGCGGGCGCAUGGAGGGGCCGCCCCCGACCUACAGCGAGGUCAUCGGUCACUACCCGGGGUCCUCCUACCAGCACCAGCAGAGCACCGGGCCGACCUCCCUGCUGGAGGGGACCCGGCUCCAGCACCCGCACCUCGCCCCGCUGGAGAGCAAAGAGGAUAAACAGAAAGGACACCCCCUCUAGGAGCCGGGGGCCAGGCCGGGGCAGCGUGGCUUAAGGCAAAACACUCGGCACUUCCUAAAGGAGAAGAGAGGAGGGCAGGGUGACACACCCCCUCCGUGUAUAAAUAUUUACAUGUUAUGUCUGGUCUGAAUGCACAAGCUCAGAAAGCUUGCAAAAACAAAACAAACAAACAAACAAAAAAAACACGUUUCUUUGUUGAGCUGUCUUGAAGGCAAAAGAGAAAAAAAAUAAUUUCUGCAGUAGUCUUUUGUUCCCAGUUGAGCUGCGUCGUGAAUGCUUAAUUUUCUUUUGUUUAUGAUGAUUUCACUUAUCUUUAAAGACAUAUUUGCACAAAACCUUUGUUUAAAGAUCUGCAAUAUUAUAUAUAAAAAUAUAUAUAAAAUAAGAGAAACUGUAUGUGCGAGGGCAGGAGUAUUUUUGUAUUAGAAGAGGCCUAUUGAAAAAGUUGUUUUCUGAACUAGAAGAGGAAAAAAAAUGGCAAUUUUUGAUGCCAACUCAGAAAGUGUGUAUUACCUUGUAAAGAAAAAAAAAACUACAAAGCAGGGGCUUAGAGUUAUUUAUAUAAAUGUUGAGAUUUUGCACUAUUUUUUAAUAUAAAUAUGUCAGUGCUUGUUUGAUGGAAACUUCUAUCAUGUUUGUUGAGACUUGGAGGAAGACAGGUCAGAGCUACAGAGUGGACCUCAGGCAGAGGGGUGCCCUGGGGUCUGGAGAGGCCCACCAGGGCUUCUGCAGCGCACAUGCUUCUGUCUAGAUAGGUUGUUGCCACAUUAUACAUUCCCUACUGAAGGGGACACAUUUCUUCCUUCUGGGCCAGAAUAGCCUUUGGAUGGCAGGCGAAUCAGGAAAGUUCCCCCGGAGGCGCCAGGUUCCAGCUGGUGGAUUUUGCCUUUCCCAAAAUGAAAAUAAACUGCUAACGAAGGAAUUUUAGUUUUUCUUCCUCUUUUUUAAAAUGCAAAGGUCCCAUGGGAAGGGCAGGGUGCUGCUGGCAAGCUGGGGCUGCCCCCGUGCGUGCUGCUAGGGAUGCUCUCGAGGGGCUGCUGGCUUGCUCCUGCAGAGUGCUUUGGUGAUUCAACUGGCCCCAGCGUUUGCAGGCCAAGGUCAGUGCCAAGGUCAGUGCAGCGCACUGACUGCUAGGAAAGGCCUCAAGCGUGGCAUUUGGCGUCCUCCCCAUGGGCUUUGAUUCACGUAUCAAUUUUGACCUAAGGGGCCAAUAAACAGACCACCUGAGGUGACAGGUGACAGCCAGGUGUCUCCCUGGCAUAUAUAAAAGGGUUAAACUGGGAUGAUGGUCAGACCAACACAAAGCCUGCUCCAGGCUUUAGAAUUCCUUACCUCCCUCCCCACGUUUGCAUUCCCUUCCCCAUGGAAACAGCCACUGCUCAUGGCUAUCUGUGUCCUCACCUGCAUCUUUCUCUGGUCAGCUUUGUCCAGCAGGUCCUUACUGGGCAGAUUGGGACUGGCCGGACCCUUGAUGAGGAGUAGGAUUUGGCACAGGUGAAUAGAGGUGACAGGAGACAAGAGGGGCCCUCGGGGUCCAGGGGGUGUGGUGGAGCUCGGGGUCUUCUCCCAGUGGACUUGCUACACACGAGGGACCCCUACCCCUGCAGAUAGGGCAGGCUCCCACACUGCUGUCCCCUCUGGGCCUGGGAGAUGUCCCCUCGUUUGGGGCAGAAUGCUACCCAGUCAACUGACCUAAGAGAAGGAUCUAGGAAGCGUGGGACAUAAGCCACUUUGUCCCUGAAAACGGCUCAGAAGUUCUGACCGCUGGGCCUCUGUUUCGAGGUGUAUUUUAAGAAUGUGAUGACCGCAGAACCUGGGGCCCGAGCUUUCUGCAGAAGUCCCCAUUCCUCAGUAGCAGAGCCUGCCUCUGUGUGGGGCCUUGAAGAGGAUUCUUUUCAAGGUCGUGCAGAGAAGUCAGUAUAGCUUGCCCUGAAAGGUCCAGGGACACACAGAUAUUCCAGCGUAACCUUCCUUGAUGGGAAGCGUCUCUGGUGCCUUAGUAAGGAAGCAAUCACCCUCUCGUCCCCUGGCGGGACGUUCCUGGACAGUGCCUCACUCCCCGGGACUGGCAUCCUCUCCCUUGGUUUACAAAGGGCUCCCCGUCACCCUCUAGCAUCUUCACCCCUCUGUCCUGGGGAGGCGCACUCAGCGAGGCACCGGCCUCCUAUCCCUGUGGUCUUCUUGGUCCAGGACUGUGCCUAACUCCCAUCUGGGUCGAAAACCUAGAAAAGUGGGCUUCAUUUGUACAUGUGGCCUCAGCCACCGCCAGGGGAACCGUCCUGCUGUCCCUCUUGGGACAGGCUGUCUGAAUCUUGUUGCUUCGUGGGGUGGCCUGUGUGUGCUGUAGUGAAGAGGGAGGGGGAGAGCGUGGCUUUGACCUCAGCUGGCCUGAGGGCAGGGCCCACCCCCACCCCUCUGGUUCCAACCAGUGUCGAAGUCCAGGGUCACUGGCCUUCAUGCCCAUGGAUGACCGUUGCAAAACUUCAAGGAGAAGGGGGUUGGCAGGGCAGUGAACACCCCAGAAACCCGAUGGGGUGUUCAUCUGGAAACCAGGGCUGGAGAAGCUCCCCGCUUCCCCGCGGGCCCCCACAGCUCUGGGCACACUCUGCUUGCGGUGUUGGUGGUCACCUCAUUAUCUUUGAAGCACCCCUAGGAGACCACCCUUUUCCAGUGGGAGAUUAGGUGGGGUCCUGAGAAUGGCUGGUUGGAGGGGGACCAGUUGGUUUUGGGGUGCUGCUUCCUUCACCCCCCCAGUGCCCAUGGGCGAUCCCGAUGUUUCCUCCAGAGAAACACUUUCUUCUCUGCAGAGCCGGGGUCUGUGCAUGGACUUCCAGAGUGCACCAGGAGCCCCCAUCUUUUCAAAAGCCCGAUGUUUUUUGCAAAGAGUAAGCGACCCCUUUCCCCUCAUGUAGCAAAAACCGGGGCAAGCCAGAACCGGGUCCGUCCCCUGUCCUAUCCGCUGUCCCCGUGAGUUGUACGUUUCAGAUAAUUUUUUUCCCGUGUGCAACACAGCUUCCAGAACCUCAAAACGUCCGAUGAUAUGGAAGGAAAUGUGUCUGUUUUGUUUUGUUGCUUUGUUUUCCGGAAGCUGUGCUGGGAACCUCGCUGGGCCCUCAAGCUCAGAGGCCACGCGACUUCCCGCCGCCCGUCGCCCGCCAUGCUUGCAUGUUGCCUUCUGCCGAUGACCGCUUCCUUUGCAGCCGUUUCGCGUUCUGUUAAGUGAAACUCCUGUAAGCUCUCCUUGCACGCCGGGUGCAGCCCAAGGGGCUGCUGCCUAAGACUCUGUAUCUGGACGCCCAUCCGCAGGCCUGGAGAAGCUGCUUGUUGUGUAUCAGUGAUCAUUAGUGGCAAUGAUGACACUCUGAAAGCUGCAAUACUUAUACAAUAAAUUUUACAAUUCUUUGGAACAA